CGCCAAAAAUCGCGGUCUGGCAGUUCAUGCGGAUUACGGCUUACACCCACAAACACCAACGGGAUGCGUUAAUGCUAAAUGACAACUUCUUGCAUACAGCGGGGUCAUGGCUUUCCCUCCUCCGCACCACACAAACCCUUCUUACCCAGGAAACGGCCCACCGGGACCACCACAUAUGCCAGCCUUUCAAAUCCGGAUACCGCAGUCUCCCCAAGUAAUUGAGCAAUAUCAGCGACAAAAUUACUCGGCUUAUCAGACGCAAUACGAGAACAUUCCUCCAUUUCACUACGGCCCUCCACAGUUUCAGUUUAUUCCUCCACAAAAUUACUCUCAGCAGUCACCAAGCCAAGUAUUCCAGCACACGGAUCAUACUGCGGUCCCGCAGUUACCACAGCCGCCGACGCCAUCUCCCAUCGUCGAUGCUCAGCUGCCAAAAAACACAAUAUCGCCCAUCGAAUACCAGCUUCUUCUGCUCAAACUUGCCGAUGAAUAUUUUCAAGCAGCGCAGGAGCGCACUCCGACAGUACAGGAUCAUAGGGAACUAGACCUUUAUCACAAAUUAAUCGCCACGGGUCUCGCAUGCCUGGAAGCGGUACUCAAAACAUGGAGACUACAACCCCGCCUAGAAGCCGUUGUGCGACUACGUUACGCCAAUAUAUUGUACGAAGAGACAGACAAUGAUGCUGAAGCCGAGGCAGCUUUAAUCAAAGGGAUAUCGGUCUGCGAGCGGAACCGACUUCUGGACUCUAAGUAUAGCAUGCAGCAUCUACUUGUAAAGGUCUUGUUCAAAUCCAAUCCCAAAGCUUCUCUGAAAUUUCUAGACGGCAUAAUAUAUGAUGCAGAAGCGCUGGAACAUAUUCCUUGGGUUUACGCUUUUCGAUUUCUUCGCGUUACCCUGUCUUUAGAGACUUCUUAUAGCAACGAAUUGUCGUCUGUUCUAAGCACACUCCGAAGCAUAUCGAAUUCAGCAAAACAACGCGGAGACAUAGCAAUCUUCGUCACAAGCGCAGUAUUUGAGGCAGCGGUAUACCUACGGUCGUCUAAUAGCGAUUGUAUCGAGCAAGCACAGCGGGCAUUGGCGGCUGCAAGGAGCCUACAGCUAAACGAAGUGACAAAAGAGCUGCCUCAGAUCGUGACGCUAUUGAACUUUCUAGAUUUAUGCUGCAGUCUGCAAGAAUCCACUUCCUCUCUUUCGGGGGCUAAACUCCAGGCCAUGCAGAUGGGAAUGGACCAAGCAAGCAACGACCCUCAAUGGAAAGAAGAUGGCUCUUUUUUUGUUCCCUUGAGGCUGAGGAGUACUGCAUUGCUGACAGGCGGAGCUGGCAAUGUUGUCAGAAAUGAAAUUGAUGGUGACCGCUUAUGUUUUCAAUGGCUUCCGAAAAGGGAUGUACAGGCAUUAGGAUAUUUUCUCAGCGGUGCUUUGAUGAGUUAUCGAAAUGGUCAAGAUGGCCAUAAGGCUGAGAAAUAUUUUCGUGAAGGCCUUAAAAUUUCGCAAGGAGACAAUAGUUACGCUCCCCAUGAUUCAGUCGCUGGCGGCAUGCAAUCUACUAUGUCCCAGUUCUCUUGGCGAUCCACAUUCAGAUGUUACACAUACCUCUAUUUGAUAUUUGUGUUGUGUGCUCGAACAGACUGGAGAUCAGCAGCAGCAUCAUUCAAAGAGCUUAAACAUUCCGUCAAAGAACUCGGGACACCAAUUACGGAACCGCUAUCCUCGCUCAUUCACUACGUCACUGGGCUUAUUCAUCAAGGCACUGGAGAUACUGCCGCUGCGUUGGCUAUUUUCUUUGGGCGCUCUCUCGCUCUGCCUGCACUUGGAAGCCCAUCUUAUGCGAUUCGUCGCGACAUGCAUAUUCUCGCAAUGUUGAAUGCAGUGCUAAUCAUCCGCGAACCUUCUCACCCUCAGCAUGGAGCACUUGACAGUACGCUUGCUGCGCUGGAGCCAUUGUGUAUCCAGCAUCCCAGCAAGAACAUUCAGGCGGCAUUCAAUCUCAUAAGAGCAACUGCCAGCAGUGAGAACUCAACUGUCAAACUCAAGCACUAUCUCCAGUUAGCCCUGCAAGCCGCGCGUUCUAUAUCUAACACGCAGAUCACCUGCAUUGUUCUCAACUUCAUGUCCUGGAAAUUUUUCCGAGGCGUUGUGGGCGAACAAGCCGAGAAAAGCGCCGUAGUUGGCCAAACCCUUGCCCGAAAGGAUGACAAUAGCCUUUGGCUUAGCGUUGCGGACGGAAUUCUAGCAGACACGUUACGCCUGCAAGGGAAGACGCAGGAAGCCGAUGCUGUUUACAGCCAAUCGCUCCAAAUAUCCAAGGAUUUCCCUCCUGGGUUACAAAGAAGUGACCCUAUCGAUUAAUAGAGCGGAAAAUCUUCAACCAUUGAUAUUUUCUUCUCAGCUGAUUUCAAAGUGCUCUAUGGCCAGAAAUUUGAGCAGCAAAUAUUUAAUGACGGCAGCAGAAACAAAAGCAGGAGAUUAUCCUCGUCAUGAUUUGCAUCAUUUUCAAAUACACGUCGCCCAACCAAACGUCUGAAUGACACUAUUUCCCAAGAGCGUCAAUA